AUGUCUGGCGAUACCUUCCUCGCUCGCCUUUGCGAGCAGGCCGAGCGCUACGAUGAGAUGGUUGGCUACAUGAAGGAGGUCGCCAAGCUGGGCGGUGAGCUGAGCGUCGAUGAGCGCAACCUCCUCAGCGUUGCCUACAAGAACGUCGUCGGUACCCGCCGUGCCUCCUGGCGCAUCAUCUCCUCCAUUGAGCAGAAGGAGGAGAGCAAGGGCACCGACAAGCACGUCGGCACCAUCCGCGAGUACCGCACCAAGAUCGAGCUCGAGCUUGAGCAGGUCUGCCAGGAUGUCCUCGAUGUCCUCGACGACAGCCUUAUCCCCAACGCCCAGACCGGCGAGUCCAAGGUCUUCUACCACAAGAUGAAGGGUGACUACCACCGCUACCUCGCUGAGUUCGCCUCUGGCGAGAAGCGCAAGGGUGCCGCUACCGCUGCCCACGAUGCUUACAAGAGCGCCACCGAUGUCGCUCAGACCGAGCUGACCCCCACUCACCCCAUCCGCCUUGGCCUGGCCCUCAACUUCUCCGUCUUCUACUACGAGAUCCUGAACUCGCCCGACCGUGCCUGCCACCUCGCCAAGCAGGCCUUCGACGAUGCUAUCGCCGAGCUCGACUCUCUCUCCGAGGAGUCUUACCGCGACAGCACUCUCAUCAUGCAGCUCCUGCGUGACAACCUCACUCUCUGGACCUCUUCCGACAGCGGCGAUGCUGAGGGUGCUGCCGCCGGCACCACCGAGGCUGCUGAGGAGAAGAAGGAGGAGCCUAAGGCCGAGGAGCCCAAGGCCGCCGAGGAGACCCCCGCUGCCUCCUAA